UGAGACCGGCUCAAGUAAGAGAAAGCCACAGUUGCAUUUGAUGCAUUCAGUCGCUUUGCUUUCGCUCUGUACAAGCGGCUUCUCAGAAUCAGGUGUCAUUUCUGGCUGUUGGAGAAACACGCGCUAUCAGGAGUCAACAGACAUCUGCUGCUGCAACACACACACGCAUGCACGCUGCAGCAGAGAUGAGCACAAAUGUGCUUUUGCUUAGUUGUCAGACGUAACCUGGCUCUGGAAUAGAAGAGCUCUGAAGAAGGUGGAGGCGAGAUGUCGGUAAAGCUGAAGUUUGAUUGUCCGGCUGACGGCAGCAUGGUGCAGCGGAGCCGCUCCUUCACUGGUGUAAACACACUCGGUGGCCGGAGAAGACUUUCCUCGGCUCGUAGCUCUCUCCGCACAAAAGUUGUAGCAGGGAAAUCUCCCAGAAUUCCCUCUUCGAGUCGGGUGGGCAGCAGCAUCUGGGGGCAACAGCCGGAGCAAGUGGACAGAAUCUUUCAGGCUUUGAGGAAAGGGCUCAAGGACUACUUGGAAAACCAUCAAACAGAGCUGGACUUCCUGUCAUCCCAGCAGAGAGACACAAAGAGGAACUCAAGACUGGCUUUUUUCUACGACCUGGAAAAGGAGAUACGAGCCUUAGAGAGAUACAUACGGCGCCUUGAGUUUCAAAUUAGUAAGGUUGAAGAGCUGUAUGAGUCCUAUUGUAUCCAGUGGCGGCUGUGCCAAGGAGCUUUAAACAUGAAGAGAGCAUUCUCUCUGUCCCCGUCUUCACGACAGUCUAGAGAGAGUCUGCUGGAGCUGAACCGCAACCACAGACACAGCCUGGAGGACAUGUGUGCAAUGGAAGGAGAACUGGAAAUCCUGCUGGGAGAGCUGCAAAUCAAAAUGAAAGGGUUGAUAGGCUUUGCUCGGCUCUGUCCUGGAGAUCAGUAUGAGGUGUUGAUUCGUCUGGGCCGACAACGGUGGAGAAUCAGAGGGCGAAUUCAGACUGAUGACCGACAGCUGUGGGAUGAAGAAGAGAUGGUUUUCCUUCCUCACAUCCACGGAAACUUUGAGAUUAAGGUAACAGAGGUCAAGGGGUUGAGCUCUAUCCUGGUCGGCAUGGUAACGUGCAGGAGUGCGGAUUUUUUCACAGUGCGGCCGCAGAUGAUGGUCGUGGACAUCACAGAACUGGGAACCAUCAAGCUGCAGCUAGAGGUGGUUUGGAAUCCAUUUGAUAGCUGUGAGGUGAGGCCUCUCACAGCGUCCGCCAGCCGCCAGUCCAUCCACAGCAGAAAGGGAUCCGUAUAUAGCUGGACGCCUCCCAACACACCCAGUUUCACUGAGAAAUACUUUCUGUCGAUGAUGCGUCAGAUACAGGAUGCAGAUAGCUCUUUCUCCAUUGGCUCACGUGAAUCAAGGGGCGUGUCCUUACUCAGCUAUCUGGCUGACUCCACCCAAGCACUCAGUCCUCCUGCCUAUGAGAAGACAAGCGACCCACCAACCGCACACCAUCCCGUUAUAGACACUAAGUUACAAGAUGAUGAUCUACUGAAGACGCCCACAGAAGAUGCUGAGGAGAGUGUGGAAUGGCCAUCAGAGACUGACACAGCUUCCCCCAGUCCUGCGGGCAGCAAGCGAGACUCCAUAUUCCUCUUCCACCGCUACAGCACGCCUGACAUCCUCAAGCAAAAUGGAGAGGCGACCCCCAGCACAGGUGAAGGAGACACACAAGAGACGACGGCCCUGGAUGAGGCCCCUGAAGAGGAGACCUCGUUCAAGCAGGCAAUUGAAGACAGACUCCGGAUGAAGGACAAAAAAGCGAGCAGAGCUCAGAAGAGAGCCGUGGCUAAGAGAAUCAGUUCACUGCUAGAGGAUAUGAAUACAGAGCUGGAGGAAACGAGCAACGUAGAGACGUUAAAGAAACUAGAUCUGCAGAUACGCCAACUGAACGAGAUCUUGAAGAAGGACCUCGAACCCCAACAGAUGGCCUCAUCUCAAACACUAGCAGUAGAGGAAGAGGAAGUGCUGGGCAGCUUCGACUUCCUCUCUGUAGAUUGUAAUGAAGAUGAAAUAUCAAAUAUGGGCAGCAUCAGACUCGGGUACACUGGGAUUGGUUCAUUUAACGAGAACACCCUGAAAAGCAUGGGUCUGUUAUCUCAGGAUAAGACCUCUCCCUCCUCAGAAGACACGGGUGAAGGACAGGUCAGACAGACAGGAGACGGUGCAGUAAAGCCGUCACUCAGCACAGAGGUCUACAGUCUGGAUCAAGCUCUUGAAACCCACCUAAGUGUCUGUGCAGUGCUGCUGAAGGCUCUGAAGUGUUCUGACUCCGAUCUUGUGUACAAAGACAUCAUGGAGGAGCUCUCGCGGCAAGUUGACGUGCUGGAAAAAAUCGCCACUGUGUCGCAGAGGAUGAUAGAGGAGAUUUCAGUGACAGAACUGUUGGCCAGAGCUCCUAAGGGGAUUGAAGUAUUUUGGAAGGAGUGCUGCGAGAGUGACUCGCCUUUUUGCUGCUCCACGGAUGGGUUUCUCAGGACACUGCGCAAACAUUACAUCCACAAAGUCAAAGCCAAACAGCCAGGCCAGGCUGAUGCAGUUUUCAGUCAGUUGCUGCAUCAGGUGCAGUGCAGCUGUAUGAUGGCGUCUGUGACUCAGUGCACUACAGACCGAGUGACUGUGUUUCAGCUGUUAGUCUACCUCAACAGAUGGAGUAUCACUGACUUUGGGGAGCACAUCUCACUCCUCUCUAAAGAAGUGUAUCUGAUAGCCAGUCUGGAGAGUCCCAAGAGGAGGCGAGCUCUGAAAAAGCUGAAAGGGAAGCGCAUCUCUGAGCUGCAGCCGACUGGACGCACCCUGCAGCUCCUGGCCAAGCUACAGACAGACGCCAAUCACAAGGUGGCUUCAGCGGCCACGUCCUGCCUCAGCAGGGCCUCAUGCUCCAAAUCCUUCAGGGCAAAGGCAGUGGUUCAUUACACAGAUCUGCUGAGAAACAACAAUACACAUGUGCAGCAUGAGGCCUGUCUGGCUCUGAAAUGUCUGAAGGCCUCAGAGAGCGCAGAGCAGGUGGCUGAACUGUGGCGCUCCACAGAUGAAGACCUGAGGAACGCCGCACGGGAGACCGUACUGUCCUUUGGUAAGAAAGGUCACAUGGCAUUCCAGCGUAUGGACCGGAUCUAUGAGCUACAGGACGAGGUUUACAAGAACCUGGAAACAGAAAUCACAAUCUUAUAGGAAGACUACAAAGUCAGUCCUGUAUUGGAUGGUGCUGAGAGACUGUGAGGUUUUGACUGAACACAUUUCAUCUGCGUGUAUACAUAUUGCCAAGUAUUUAAUAUGCCGUUUUAUGAUUUUAUAUUUUCUUUUAUGUAAUUUUAACUUUUAAUUUUAAGUGAAAUAUUUAUGAAUAAACUGUCUUCUAUAUUUCUUAUGUAUCAAAAUGAGUAAACAUGAAAUAUAUAUUGACAAUAAAUGUAAAUAAGAGAA